AUGAAGAUGAAGCUGAUACUGCUCCUGGUGUUCUGUUCUCUGUGCUUUGUUCAUGGUGUCGUGAGGGUGCCUCUGGUGCAGAUGUCCACUCUGAGGAAUCAUUUAAGAAUGACUAACCAGCUGACUGACUUUCUGAAGCAUCACCGUGCGGAUGCUUUCUCUCGCCGCUAUGCCCAGUGUUACCCGUCCAACUUGGUGUCACGCAAAGCAGUAGAGAGACUUUACAACUUCAUGGAUGCACAGUAUUAUGGACAGAUCAGUCUGGGAACCCCAGAGCAGAACUUCACUGUGGUCUUUGACACUGGAUCUGCUGACUUUUGGGUGCCUUCAGCCUACUGUGUCAGUCAAGCAUGUGCUGCACAUCGCAGGUUCAAGGCUGUGGAGUCGAGCACCUACGUUCAUGACGGCCGAAUUUUUGGCAUUCGCUAUGGCUCUGGGCAGUUGCUGGGCGUGAUGGCUAAAGAUAUACUGAGGGUGGGCUCUAUAGUUCUGCAGGAUCAGAUGUUUGGGGAGUCAGUGUACGAGCCAGGCAUGUCCUUUGUCAUGACCAGGUUUGAUGGGGUUUUGGGCCUCGGUUACCCAUUGUUGGCUGAGGAGCUUGGAACACCUGUAUUUGACAACAUGAUGAAACAGAAGAAAGUGGAAAAGCCCAUGUUCUCCUUCUACCUCAGCAGGAAUGGUAGUGGUAUCGCUCUGGGAGGAGAACUGUUGCUGGGAGGUAUGGAUGAAGAAUUCUUCAUUCCUCCCAUUAACUGGGUCCCAGUCACUCUAAAAGGCUACUGGCAGAUCAAAUUAGAUGCCGUCAAGGUUCAGGGAAGUGCUGCCUUCUGUCACUCUCACAGUUGCCAGGCGAUUAUUGACACGGGAACAAGUCUCAUCAGUGGGCCGCAAGUCUACAUUCUGAUCCUUCAGCAGCUCAUUGGAGCUAUGCCUACUCCCAUAGGAGAGUUUCUGGUUGAUUGCACCAGGAUCAGCAGUUUGCCUGUUGUGUCUUUUGUACUUAAUGGAGUGGAGUAUGACCUCACUGCAGAUGUAUACAUCCGCAGAGAUACAAUAAAUGAAGAAGAAAUUUGUAUCAGCAGCUUUCAAGCAUCAGAUAUCAGUUCUCCAUUCGGCCCUAUCUGGAUUCUUGGGGACAUUUUCAUCUCGCAGGUUUACAGUAUCUAUGACCGAGACAAGAACCGGGUUGGCCUUGCUCAACUCUCUGACAAGGCCAAAAAUCUCUCUACUGAGUAA